GCUUACUACGCGACAGUCUCCAAUUCAUUUAUUUUAAUGAAUAUUCUGUCGAGCCGAAUUCAUUGUACUAUUUGUUACAAGAAUUCAUUUUUAGUGAAAUUCGUUCUCCUUUUGUGACCCCGAUACCAAACUUCUAACAUUUCAUAGACUUUUUUAGUAAAAUAAGUGAAAAGAUUAAACAAUGAAGAAUAAUUCAUUGUAAAUUUUCUAUCUAUAUAUUUAUAAUAUAUAAUUGAAAGGUCUUUAAACAUAUACAUUAAAUACCGGGACUAAUAUUUUGUUGUAACUGAAAGAUAGUCUAAAUUUAAAAUUGUAAAUGAAACGUGAUAAUCCGUAUAAAAGUUCACAGGCCAUUUACUAAACGAUAAUUUAUCUAACCUCGAAUAUAAUUACGAUUAGCCUACGAAUUUUAUGCAAUCAUAAAAGAGCUAAAUAUAAAUAUAAAGAUACGAAGACAUGAAUUGAUAUCAAGAUACUUUUUCAAAUUGAUCCGAUAAGCGUUUUAUCUUCCGUAAAAAUCACAAAAAUAAUUUUAUACGUGUACAUGUUCGUGUUUUACAUUUACUCUGACGAACGAGUUUCAGCCCGAGUGUUGGACAGGACAAACAUGUUUGGCCGCGUAAAAAAAGGAGACGUUGUUACCAGUUUAUUAUUAUUUCAUUUUAUUUGUUCUGCUCGCCUGGCUCUGUAACUCAGUACCAUUCAGUCGAUUCGAAUCGCGAGUCGAGCAACAUCAAAACUACUUCCCCUGCAUACAUUCGUAGGUAUUGCAGUAAAGAGGAGAAAAUUUACUUCGGCUGUCGUGGUAAAGUGAUAGUAUACAGCACGUAGCUGCAAGGACGAGGAAAGAAGAGAGACGAGAAUGGACGCGAUUAAACCGGGAUGGUUCAGCGAAGUGGACGAUCUCUGGCCAGGUGUAUCGUUGUCCCUGGAGGUCGUCAAAAUCCUUCACCGUGAACGAUCCGAAUACCAAGACGUGAUGGUCAUCGACACGAGAUCAUAUGGAAGGACCCUAAUUUUAGAUGGAAUAAUUCAAUGCACGGAGAGGGACGAGUUCGCUUACCAAGAAAUGAUCGCAUUUUUACCCUUGUGCAGUCAUCCGAACCCGAAAACGGUUUUGAUAGUAGGGGGUGGAGACGGAGGUGUGGCUCGAGAGGUGGCCAAGCACCCACAAGUGGAACAAAUAACGCAAGUAGAGAUAGACCCCAAAGUACUUGAAGUGUCUAAAACGUAUUUACCACAUAUGGGUAUAGGAUUGCAGCAUCCUAAAGUCACCCUAAAUGUAGGAGAUGGUUUCCAAUUUUUGAAACAACAUCAAGGCGAAUUUGACGUUAUUAUUACAGACAGCAGUGACCCCAUUGGUCCAGCAAAAUGCCUAUUUCAAGAAUCGUACUUUAGCUUAAUGAAGACUGCGUUGAAACCCGGAGGAAUCGUGUGCAGCCAAGCUGGUACUGCUUGGCUGAAUCUGAACCACGUGAAAGAUACGGUACAACAUUGCAAAGCAAUAUUUCCAGUGACUGCUUAUGGUGUUGCUUCCGUUCCCACCUACCCAACAGGGCAAAUCGGUUUCGUGCUGGGAGGAUUGAGUCCCGAAACGAAUUUCAAACAAGCACAGAAAGUUUUCACUGAAAGAGAACUGGAUCAAAUGAAUAUGAAAUAUUAUAAUAGCGAGGUUCAUCAAGCAGCAUUCGUUCUGCCAAGGUUUAUAACGAAAACGCUGAACGAUGCGCUAAAUGUAAAUGUAAAAACUAGCCAGUAAAGACGAGAGAUGAAGACUUAAUUUUUUUUUUAUACGUAAUGUACAAGUGACAAACAAGUAUCACCACAGACAUAAAAAAAUCACAUAAUUUCAUCAGAUGUUUGUACCUUCAUUGUAAUAUAAAAUACAGCGACAUAGUAAAAUGUAAUAUAUGGCUAACACGAAAAACUAAUUUAUAAAACAUUCUUACAUUUUCUAAAUGUACUUUAUGUAAUCUAUCAUUGUCAUAGUUUUGAAUACACGUAUUUUCAAUUUUGUA